UGCGCCACCGCUCCCCGCACAUCACCACCCCCACCUCCAUCAUCACUCGCACCACCAACAUUACCCCCCCACACACACUGCUCCUUCACCACCAACUACUCCUCCUCUUUCCCGAGACAGAGAGAGAUUGAGAGAGGAACACAACCCAGGCCACCCCCGCCACCUCUUGCGUGCGGUCGCAACAUCAUCACGAUGGGCGACGCGGAGCCCACUCCGUCGCCAACCGCGGGGGUCGCCACCGCCACCUCCAUCGCCUCCAUCGGCAGCUCCGGCAGCGCCGGCUCGGGGGGCGCGGCAUCGACGGCGCCGCUGCACGUCAACGUGGGGGGUCUCCGGGAGCGCGUGGCACGCGGCAGCGCCCGCCGGUUCCCGCACUCGCGCCUGGGCAAGCUGGCGCGUUGCGAGAGCCACGAGCAGGCGCUGCGCCUCUGUGACGACUACUGUGAUGCCGCGGACGAGUUCUACUUCGACCGCAACCCGGCGGCAUUCCGCGGCGUCCUCAACCUGUACCGCACUGGACGCCUGCACCUCAUCGAAGAGCUGUGCGUCUUCUCCUUCAGCCAGGAGCUCGAGUACUGGGGCGUGCAGGACUACUACAUGGGCUCCUGCUGCAGCUACAAGUACCACGAGCGCAAGGAGAACUGCGGGGACAGCGGGGAGUUCGACGAGGACGACGACGACGAGGAGGGAUUCACUCACGACGACGACGACGAUGGCGGAAGUGGCGACAGUGACGACGGCGGCAGCGGCGGGGCCAGGGGGGAGAGGGCCCCACCCAAGGGCUCCCCCGAGGAGGAGAUGGCGUCUGUGGAGAGAGACAUGGAGGAGUUCACGCGCAAGUGCUGCGGCCAGCGGAGGCGCCUGCUGUGGCUGACCCUGGAGAACCCGGACUUCUCGGCCUUCGCGCGCGUCAUCGCCGCCGUCUCCGUGCUGGCCGUGCUCACGUCCGUCGCGGCCAUGUGCGUCAACAGCAUGCCCGAGUUUCAGGCGGCUGCGCGCCGGCGCGGCGCCGCUGGCGCCACGGCGGCCGAGGAGCUAGAGGAGGAGAGGGGCGUGCUGGCGCAGGUGGAGCGCAUGUGCAUCGCGUGGUUCACCGCCGAGCUGGUGCUGCGGCUGGCGGCGGCGCCGCGGCUCGGCCGCUUCGUGCGCGAGCCCCUGAAUGUCAUCGACGCCGUCUCCGUGCUGCCCUACUACGCCACCGAGGCGGUGCGCGCGCUGCUCUCGAGCGGCGUGCGCAUGCGCGACGUGGGGCGAGUCACGCAGUCGCUCAGGCUGCUGCGCGUCUUCCGCAUCCUCAAGCUGGCGCGCCACUCGGCGGGCCUGCGCUCGCUGGGCGAGACACUGGCGCACAGCCACAGCGACAUCGGCGUGCUGCUCCUCUUCCUCGCCACGGGCAUCCUCAUCUUUGCCUCGCUCGCCUACUACCUGGAGCGCGACGACGGCGAGAACAUGGGCACCAUCCCCCUCUGCUACUGGUGGGCGACCAUCAGCAUGACAACGGUGGGCUACGGCGACGCGGUGCCCACGACGCCCGCCGGCAAGGCGGUGAGCGUCUGCUGUGUCCUCUGCGGCAUCCUGAUCAUGUCCAUGCCCGUCACCAUCAUCUUCAACAAGUUCAUCAAGUACUACCGCCGACAGAAGGCGCGCGAGGUCACCCUGCGCCGGCGGUUGGCCCGGAACGCUCUGCCGAGGGAACUCUUUGAGUCGCACCGCGACGACGAUGACGACGAUGACCUUGACCGCGACCGCGACCUCGGCGACGGCAGGACGGGGAAGGCCCGCAGGGUGGUCGUGGGGCUGGUCUCCGCGUCUGCGCUCGGGGUGGGCCUCGGAGUCGGCGCCGACCCGGGCCUCUGCGUGGGGCCACGCGAAUCCUUCGCCUCGGGCUCGCGGGGCCGCAGGGGGCGCAGGCGACCGUGUCGCGCGUGGGCAGCGCUGGCCGAGCGCCUCCUGCCGUCGUCAUCCGGCACUGGUGGCGGGGGGAGGCGGCAGAGCGGCGGGACGCCUGGGGGGACGCCCGCGUCCCCGGCUCACGGCCGCGGGGACCUCGAGCUGAGGCCGUUGGAGGCCGCCGUGGGCCUCGCGCAGGUGCGGGACAUCGGGCCGGGCCGGAAGGUCUACCAGCCGGUGGAGUGAGAGGGCCGUGGGUCGCAGGUCGCGAAUGAGCCCAACGUCUGUGGGAGGAUGCUGCCCUCCCUCCCUACUGCCACCACCGCCACCACCACCACCUACACCGCCAACCACCACCACCACCACUCACAACCACCACCCUGCCGAAUUACAGCUACAGCACUCACCUGGCCCAGACACCCCCUUAAGCUCCGGAAUGCCAACAAACCUCAUGCCAAGCUGCCGCUGCUGCCACUAUCGCUCGUCGACGGUGGAGCCUCCACCCCAACCUCGACUACCAUAGCCUCAGUAGCCUUGCCGACUUGGUGUCAGAGUCAACCCGUGGAAAUUGACGAUGAUGAUGAUGAUGGCAGCGAUGUUGGAUGCAAGGGUUGUGUUUGGACAGGAGGGGCCCAAGGGGGGCCACGACGAGGAGUUUUGAUGUCGUCGUUUACGCCGUUGCCGUUCAACUUUGGCCGGGAAAUCACCUGCAGGUCUCUCCCAUUUGUAGGCGCAGAUGCACCGACCGAUGCGCUGCCACUCCUCCGCCGAAUUGCGCCGGCGGUACAAUAAGAAGAGGACUGUGACGGAAUCGUUGACCUUGCUGAUUAUCAGGCACUCAAACGAAGGUCUCCGUGUCAAAUCGUUACUCUCGAUCCAUGGGAUUAGGCUCGAUUUCCCGGGCCACGACACCGUAUAUGGUUAAUGCCAUGCCCACCUUCUUCCAUAUUUCCAUAUAUUGGAGGGGGGGCAAAUUCUUUCAUCGGUGAUUCCGUACGAUUUUAUUGAUGCAGUACAAACGGACCGCGAUGGAUAUCGCCGACCUUCGCUCAGCUUCUUCGGUGUACUGCGGGGAACACGGCAGGCCCGAAGCACAGCGUGACCGGUCGUCGUUGUUGUCAUGCUCGUCAGCCAUUUUCAACCUCUGACACUCACCCCCGCACAACCGAUUAGCACGUUCGGCUACGUGCGGUGCGGCAGAAGUUCAACAUGCACACAUACGUAUGUCAGUGCAGAUAUUGGCAGGUCACAAAACAUUUAGGGGGUCCACGCGGCACGCAAGACUAACCGAUGGGAAUACUCGAUCCAGGGAUCGCUUUGGCAAUAAAAUCGACGCGGUGAUUAAGCCCUCGAUUACCCUCCAAAUCUGGGACUCGAGACCGUAACAUGGAUGGGGCAAAGACGCGCCCGUCCAAGGGUGUGAUGCCACGCACUAUUCCCUUUCAUUUAUCUCGCUGACUGCGUUACAGGCCCUCCCAUCCCCUGGCCACCCUCCCGUAAGCGUGGCUGAAAGACGCCGGGGUUGGCUCUCUCACGAAAAAAUUGGCUCGGUUGUGAGUAACCUAAACGCUCGACAUUCUCUCUGCAGCCAGUUGCUGCCCGCCCACACACGGCGAGAGAGAUGAGCGGGCGCAACCAGCUGAGCGUCGAUCCGCUCAGCGAUUUGUGGUGACGCAUUUCACCGCCACCACUGCAGAGGCACAGUAGUCACCCUCGAAAAACAGAGGGCAGAGGAGCGACGCUCACAACAACGAGCAGAGCGCCGGGCAGCUAAAAUGCAGCAAGUUGCCACAG